UCGCGCUGCACAAUGGUUUCCAGGCAGUGAAAGAGGCUGAUUCAGCAAGCCACUAUUCGUCGUCUUCUUCUUCUUCUUUUCUUUUAAACCUCCCCUUCUCUUUUUAUUUUUAUGGGGGUGGUUGGUGCUUGUUCUGAGCUUACCUUUUUUCUUUCCUUUUUCGUUUUUACAGUAUUCCAUUUUUCUCCUCACCCCUCAAUUCCUAGGGGCUUGAGUGACUUUACGCUUGGGUUUUCUUGGCAAUCACCUGUCCAUCAUUAAUUUUAAACAAUUUCCCCACCUCCAAAGAAUCUAUUCCUUAUUAGUUUGGAAUGUGGUUAAUGAGAGACAAGUAGGGAGGAUUUCUGGGGCAAACACUGCUGGAUCAGGAUCGUAGUUCUCAAGCACGGAAUGGUGAGUGUGUUGUACAUCUAGACAGUGAUGCUCACGCUCAUGGAUGAGCUCGCCAGCUUCCGACUCUACUUUGGAGCCAUCGAAUUAUAGGGGUCAGACAGUUUGGAUGUAGCAGUUUUGCUUUCUGUGGCUAGUGUGAGAAACACCAUCUCAGAUCUCUGUUAUGGCAACUCAGGCAAGAAGCUGUUGAAUUAGACCCAUUUCCUGUAGAUGAGAAACCAUACAAGCAGUGGUAUUUAUGAGCCUCCAUUUAUUGUACUACUGCAGUGAACCAACCUUGGAUGUGAAAAUUGCCUUUUGUCAGGGAUUCGAUAAACAAGUGGAUGUGUCAUAUAUUGCCAAACAUUACAACAUGAGCAAAAGCAAAGUUGACAACCAGUUCUAUAGCGUGGAAGUGGGAGACUCAACGUUCACGGUUCUCAAACGCUACCAGAAUCUAAAGCCUAUUGGCUCUGGGGCUCAGGGAAUAGUCUGUGCUGCGUAUGAUGCUGUUCUUGACAGAAAUGUGGCCAUUAAGAAGCUCAGCAGACCCUUUCAGAACCAAACGCAUGCCAAGAGAGCCUACCGGGAGCUGGUCCUCAUGAAGUGUGUGAAUCAUAAAAACAUUAUUAGUUUAUUAAAUGUCUUCACACCCCAGAAAACACUGGAGGAGUUCCAAGAUGUUUACUUAGUAAUGGAACUGAUGGAUGCUAACUUGUGUCAGGUGAUUCAGAUGGAGUUAGACCACGAGCGAAUGUCUUACCUACUAUACCAAAUGUUGUGUGGCAUCAAGCACCUUCACUCUGCUGGGAUUAUUCACAGGGACUUAAAACCAAGUAACAUUGUAGUCAAGUCUGAUUGUACAUUGAAAAUCCUAGACUUUGGGCUGGCCAGAACAGCAGGCACAAGCUUCAUGAUGACUCCCUAUGUGGUAACACGUUAUUACCGGGCCCCUGAGGUCAUUCUGGGAAUGGGCUACAAGGAGAACGUGGAUAUAUGGUCUGUGGGAUGCAUUAUGGGAGAAAUGGUUCGCCACAAAAUCCUGUUUCCAGGAAGGGACUAUAUUGACCAGUGGAAUAAGGUUAUUGAGCAACUAGGAACACCAUGUCCAGAAUUCAUGAAGAAAUUGCAACCCACCGUAAGAAACUAUGUGGAGAAUCGGCCCAAGUAUGCAGGACUCACCUUCCCCAAGCUCUUUCCAGAUUCCCUCUUCCCAGCGGACUCUGAGCACAAUAAACUCAAAGCCAGCCAAGCCAGAGACUUGCUGUCAAAGAUGCUAGUGAUUGACCCAGCAAAAAGGAUAUCAGUGGAUGACGCCUUACAACAUCCAUACAUCAAUGUCUGGUACGACCCUGCUGAAGUGGAGGCGCCCCCACCUCAGAUAUAUGACAAACAGCUGGAUGAAAGAGAACACACCAUUGAAGAAUGGAAAGAACUUAUCUAUAAGGAAGUAAUGAACUCGGAAGAAAAGACGAAGAAUGGCGUUGUGAAAGGACAGCCUUCUCCUUCAGGUGCAGCCGUGAACAGCAGUGAGAGUCUCCCUCCUUCCUCAUCCGUCAACGACAUCUCCUCCAUGUCCACCGACCAGACCCUGGCAUCUGACACUGACAGCAGCCUGGAAGCCUCGGCAGGACCCCUGGGUUGUUGCAGGUGACUAGCCGCCUGCCUGCGAAACCCAGCGUUCUUCAGGAGAUGAUGUGAUGGAACACACACGCAGACACUCACGCACACACGCAAACGCAGACACGCAAUGACAAGAAUGUGGCAAGGGAGAGAAUCCAAGCCUAAAAUUGAAACACAUCUUUCCGCCUGCUUCUUCUCCAGAGUGCUGUACUGCAGCUAAGCCAAAUGUGUAUUUAACGCCUAGUUGCUCUUGCUUUGGUAUUCUUCCAAUGAUGCUUUUACUACGGAAAGAAAUCAAACACAAUUAGAGAAGCCUUCUCCACAAAGUGUAAUUUUAAUGGCUGCAGAACCAGUGACCUGUAACUGCCCUUUCAAAUGGCAUGGCAAGGUGUGCAGUGGCCCCAUCCAGCAUGUGUGUCUCUAUCUUGCAUCUACCUGCUCCUAUUGGCCUAGUCAGAUGGAUGUAGAUACAGAUCCGCAUGUGUCUGUAUUCACACAGCACCACUUACUUAGAGAUGCUACUGUCAGUGUCCUCAGGGCUCUCCCAAGACAUCACGCACUGGGGUACCACACGGUCCAUUUCAUGUGAUCUAUUACUCUGACAUAAACCCAUCUGUAAUAUAUUGCCAGUAUAUAAGCUAUUUAGUUUGUUAACUGAUUAAGCUGUAUGUCUUAUAAGAAAAUGUGUAAAGGGUGGAAUAUGGGGAGGGAGUGAGUUCUCUUGGACCCUUGAAGAUGUAGCUUCCAAAUCUGAACUGAUUAAAUGGCACCUGUAAACCAAUUUGUAGAAAGAACAUAUGUGAUGCUUAUGUACAGUGCGGGGUGGGAGAGGGUGACAGUUUCCAGGUACUGAAUGGUUUGGCCUUUAGAAGGAAGGUAGACAUAACAGCUGAGGGUCUUUUCUCUGAUAGUGAGUGGGUAGGAGAGACUAUGGUAGUGUGGCCGUGUGGGAGGAAGAACUAAAGGAGGUAUGACCCAGAUUCUAGGAGACACCGACAUUCCUGUUUUAGAAAGGAGACCCUCAUUUGUCGUUUGCAAAUUAUGUGUCACAACUGAGAAGAGAUUGGCAGCUAGGGAGGCAGGGU